AACAUUCUGCUACCAGACCUACUCUAGCAGGAGAGCAAGAAUCUGCCAGAGUCCAUACAAACCUCUCACACGCAAGAUGGAACAAGAAUCCCAGAUUUAUUCUUUCCAGACAAUCAAUGGACAAGGAGGGUCAUUUUGCGCGGAUCGGGCCGCAGCAGCCAAGAGAAAUACUGGGAAAACAUCUCCUUUCACAGUGAACUUGUUCAAGGAAUCCCUACCUGACCACACAGAGUCUGUGCCAGCAUGGUUUUUUCCAUCUACAUACCGAACAAACAAAGGCGGUUUGUCUCUUGUGAAAUCAAAUGAGAGGAACUUCCUUUUAUCCGAGCUGUCUGUUGAUAGGCUUGACAGUAUUUACCAGCAUCUAUGGCUUGCUGGACUCCCAAUGCCGCCUCGACCGUUACACUAUCAAAUGGUACUCCAAAGAGAAGUGGUACUCUGUGAGAAGAUGGACAUGCACUUAGUCUGGGGGAGUGGACGAAUAUUCUUAAAGCCAAUCCCGCGCUUCCUUCUCUCCUCUGCUUUUUGGAACACCCACUUACAGUGUCCAAAAGGUUGUGAAUGCACUUGGGAUCAAAGAGAAUGCAUGAUCAAAAACCAGAGGAGCAUAGCCCUUGGGUUUUUGCUCACAUAUGCAGCCCUUAUUUCUUUCGAGAGUGACUUUGCCAUUUCCAAGAAGAUAGGUCUACUGCCGAGUGACCUGGACAGCUGCCAAUGGGCAGAUUGGCAAAGAUUUGUGGAAGAAAUUAUGACACCCUCAAUAUCUAAUGAUAUUCACAGACGGUUUUACUAUGGCGAACUACGCCUCGGGCGGCUUAACAGCAUCUCCUUGUUAACCAGGUUGGGUUAUUAUAUGAACCAGUGGCCGGACUACUCCAGUUUCCUUCGAGACCAGCUGGGCUGGCUAGCCACAACUACAAUCUAUAUUGCCCUCGCGUUAACUGCGAUGCAGCUCGGUCUUGCAACUGACCAGUUGAAAACAAGUCCGAUAUACAUGAGAGCUGCAUAUGGGUUUAGUGUGUUCGCAAUUCUGGGGCCGCUGAUUUCUGGGGGUGUUAUAUUAUUGGCAUUGACGAUCCUGGUUGUAAUAAAUUGGAAGUUUCAAAAAGCGAGAUCAGAGGAACGUUUCAACUCUAUCAAUCCCAGAUAAGUCUGAGUUGCUCUGCCACAGACUGGCGGAGUUGUUAGAAUACUGAGAUCGCCACGCAACCAUCUUCUGCGCCAGGGGAGUCAUGCUCUCCACAAUCGGUCGAAGAAUGAUUAGGUUAUAGCACUCCUUGUGACAGUCUCGAACAAUAUAAAUUUAUUGGUAGACUCUCUAUCGAAAUACUAACAUGGAGAAGGAAAAGGAAGAAGCUGGGCCUGCCAGCGCUGCGCUAUCUAGUGUGCGAAGGGGGUUCCUGCCCUAUAUUCAAACAGGCCA